UGACUUGUAUUAUGUUGACGUGGAGAGCAGCAGCGUCUUGUGGGGCUUGAUGAAGUGGGUAGUGGGGCUCGCCGCCUCUAGCACACCUAGUUCCUCCCGUGUGCCGCCCAUACUAGUGGUGUAUGUGGCCUGCCUGGGGCUCAUAGCUGCACAGUUGAGAUCACAAGUGUAUUAGCUGAGUGGCACACGGUUGAAGCAGGUUGCUCCACUCGCCGGACUAGACGGUAACAACACAGUGUGUUGAGAGCUUUCACAAUGUUCUCACUCUUUUAUGGACUGUACAAAUAUUUGUUCAAGAAAGAUGAGUUUUUUGUCCUUAUUCUUGGGCUGGAUAAUGCAGGCAAAACUACAUACCUAGAGGCAGCUAAAACUAAAUUCACAAGAGGAUACAAAGGCUUAAAUCCAAGUAAAAUAACCACUACAGUUGGGCAGAAUGUUGGAGGAAUACUUUAUGCAGGAAUUAAGCUGAGUUUCUGGGAUCUUGGAGGUCAGGAGGAGUUGCAGCCUUUAUGGGAGAAGUAUUUUGCCGAGUGUCAUGCUAUAAUCUACAUGGUAGACUCUGCAGACAGAGAGAGAAUGGAUGAAUCAAAAGAAGCAUUUGACAGAAUGAUUUCUAGUGAGAACCUAACAGGAGUGCCAUUACUUGUUCUUGCUAACAAGCAAGACAUUCCUGAGUGCAUGGGAGUGCGUGAAGUGAAACCUAUUUUCAACCAGUCAGCCGAUCUCAUAGGCCGAAGAGACUGCAUGGUGAUGCCAGUCUCUGCUCUAACUGGAGCAGGAGUAGAUGAAGGCAUUGACUGGCUAGUGGAAUGCAUCAAGAGGAACAGUGAUGUUAGGCCUUCACUCAACCACGAUGACACCUGAUUUACUUUGGAGAAUAAUUGAUAGUGUCCGUGUGAUGUCUGGAGAAUGUCUACAUAUCGGCUUAAAACUUUUAAGACCUAUGUAAAGUGGUGCAAGGGUUGGACCUAUUGUUAUUCGGCCAUUUAGCCCCUUACUAUAAAAUGUCAAAUAUUUUAUCACAGUCCUCAGGGGAAGGGGAAAAAUUUGAUGAUACCUGUAUGUUGAAAACAAAUUAGCACAGCUACACCAAAUUUUCCACACACACACAUGCCCUCAGCCAAGGGAUACUGUCUAUAAUCUCAAUUGUAAACAAUAUCCUAGGAAGUUUUAAAAGGUAGUUAUGUGUUUUAUUUUGUAUCACAAUAUAUCAACAUAACAAUUUGAUAUUUAAAUUUGGUAAGUUUGGCAAAUAUGAAAUAUUAUGUAAAUUUUAAUCACAGUAAGCCUAAUAAUUAUAACGAUAGAACCUCAUUAUAUUUCUUCAUAAUUGCAAUAAGAAAAUAUACCGGUAAUUAUAAUCAUAGUUUCUUUGUAAGAUAAUAUACUAUACAUGCAGUAUAAUAAUACCUGUAUUUCAGAACUUGCAUACUAAUUGCAGUGAUUGUAUUUUGUUAAUAAGGCAAUUAAUUAGACUUUUGCAGGAGUGGCAGCAGCUCAUACGUUGCUCAAAAUCCAAUUAACAAAAUGGCUUAAACAGUUUUAUGGGUUUCUUUUAGUGUUGUAUAAUUAACCAUAGUUAUUUUCAACCUUUUGACCAGAUUGUCAUUAAUGUAAAUAAUUAUAUCUGUGAAGACAUAUUUUGAGACAUGGCAUUUCUAAACCCCUAUUCAUCCCCCUCCCCCCCAGCAAUAACUUACUGUUAUCUACUCUGCCGUCUUCCUUUUCCCUCCUUUACCUCUCGCCGACCCUUCUCCCACUCCACUGCAACCACAAUUACCUCCACCAUUUCCUCUGCCAUCGCCACUUCCUCCGUCACCUCUAUCUUCGCUACCUCUACUACAAAUACCACUGUUACCACCACCCCAUGCUCAUCAUAUUCAUUAUGCUCAUUACACUCCCUCAAUUCAUCGGAUUGUAUAUGUAUUCAUCACAGCCCUCGGUAAUCAUUACAUCCCGCCCUGUGCUCACUACGCCAUAUUCUUUGUAUACUGAGAUUUGCCAGCUCUGGGAAUCCUGAAAAUCACCCUCAUGCAAUCUGAGUUUUUUUUUUUUUUUUUUUUUUUUUUACUCUUUUUCUCUCUCACUCUCUCUCUCAAACCUUUGAAUACUAAAUACUGUAUAUGUAAAUAUGAUUCCUGUAAGAGUGUAUCAUGUGGGAAAUUUGCAGCUGUAUUUAAUCUUGUAUCUACGGUUAAAAUAAAUAUUCACGGUAAUGAUGAAAAAUAUAGGAAGUAGAUAAUUGCUAAUUAUACAAUAGCCAAUAUAUAAUAUUGAUACGUAUUAUAUAAUACUGAAAUCCUUCAAGGUUUUUUAAGAUGUCCAAGCAAAGUCAUUUUAAGUUGAUAUUAAAAUUAAAUGAAAUGUACUGUACUGUACUUGGAAAGUUGAACAUGUAGGUUUUGCCUGCAUUCUGUUAGUUGUCGAGAAAGCAUGUAACCAAUGGACAUGGGGAGUUGUUAACUCUUGUGGAAUCAUUACAUGCAGUAAAGUGUAAUUAACAUUUAUUUUUGGAAUACUUUAACUCUUCAGUGCAAGACCUGGAAGUAAAGUGAUAAGAAGACUUGUGUCUCAUGAAGGACUGUAUUGUGAUCAGUCGAACCAUAAUAAUUGAUAAAAAAAAUAAGACGUAGUCAUAUCAAAAUUUCACGUGAUGAAGAUGUGCAGUUGACAUGCUCAGUCGAACAAAGAACACUUUGUUCAUGAGAAAAAUAAAUAAUUUUGUGUAAAGUUAACCUUGAUGCAUUACCAUUCUGAACAAGAGUGAUCAGUGUACAGUAUUUAUCAACCCAUGUAAGUAACAGAGAAGUGGAUGACUUGAAGUUGUUGGACGUUGACUUUUCUUGCAGUCAGCUUCAAGGAGUAAUGAUGAGAGAUUAGCUAGCUGUAAAUAUAGUAAUUCUUUA